AUGAUCCUGUACAAGGAAGACGACGCCCUGAUGUGCAAAGUGUUCGCGAUGACUCUGCGAGGAGCAGCUCAGGAUUGGUUCCACACUCUACCGUCCGCGUCAAUAGGCAACUUCAAGGAGUUCGCCAUCAUUUUCACAAAGGAGUACACCUCCUACAAGACGGUCAGAAAGCAUGCAGACCACCUGUUCAACCUGCGCAAGAAGCCAGACGAGUCUCUACGAGACUACCUGAGACGGUUUAAGGCUGAGAAGGCCAACAUCAUAGGAUGCAACGACCAAGUUGCAUCCUCAGCUUUCAAGAAGGGCUUGCCAACCGAGCACGAGCUAUACCGGGAGCUGGCCAUAACUCCAAGUCAAACCUUGGCAGAAGUGUUCGCGACGGCAGAGCGCUACGCACUUUGGGACGAUGAUCGUAUCGCCGCAAAGAAAGCUAGCAAGCAAGUUGACCACCCGACGAAGCAGAUCCUAGCUCAGGUGAAGGACAAGCCGUGGGUGAGGAGACCACCACCCAUGAAAGGAGACCCCUCUAAAAGAGACACCAGCAAAUACUGCGCAUUCCACGGGGAGCACGGUCAUUACACCAACAACUGCAACGCUUGGAAAAGGCACCUUGAGGAGCUGGUCAGAGAGGGCCAUUGCACAGAGUUCGUUGCAAAGAAGGCUAUCCAGCAGAUCGAGGAUCGUGAUGUAGCUGCCAAGGAACCUCCCCAAAAGGUCAUUCGAAUCAACACCAUUCUAGCCGACUCCCAAGAGUCCGAGCUGACCACCAAGGAGCGCAAGAGAAAGAUCGCGCAGGCAACUUAUGUCUCCCAAGUCACAACGGGAGUACCAGCUGUUGGGGAUACACCUAUCAUCGGCUUCCAGAAGAAUGACUUGUUCGGGCUUGACCUGCCACAUAAUGACGCCCUAGUCAUCUGCAUCCAAAUUGAACAAGCUGUGAUCGAGCGAGUUCAUGUAGAUGAGGGCAGCGCAGCCAACAUCCUGCAACUAUCUGUUAUCCAACAGAUGGGGUUCGAGCCCAAGAUUAGCAAACUUGCCAGAUCGCUCACCGGCUUCAAUGGGGCCACAUCAAUCACUAUUGGAACGAUCGACUUGGAUGUCCACUCACCCCCAGUGGUCUGCUCACAGACCUUCAUGGUCAUCAACGAGGUUUCCCCCUACAACGGAAUCUUGGGCCGACCGUGGAUCAGCAAGAUCGAGGCCGUCACAUCUGCUCUACAUCAGAAGAUCCGCUAUCCCAUCCCUGGGGGCGGAAUCGGGCAGAUCAACAGUGACCAAGCCAUGGCAAGGAGAUGCACCGCCCAAGGGCUCAAGAAGAGCAAGCAGCUGCAGUUCACACCAGUAAUGCAAGCUGCCAACGAGACAGGAAGCGCUCUUAGCAGACAAGCAAACCCGAAAGGGAAAGAAGUUGCUGCCUCACAAUAG